CAUGCGUUAAAAAAAAAAUGUUCAAAGCAUUAUCAUUGGUUCCCCACUACGCUGAAUUAUAAUCUGACUUUGGCUAUUUAAUUUGUGUCAUGACAUCUUUGUCUAUACCUCCCACUUUUCAUGAAUUUUCCCAGCAUUGCCAUUUCGUUGAUGUCACGAGUGUGUUUUGAAGGGUUUUAUGUUUCUACCACUUAUGUACAAGUUUAAUUUAUGUACGUUAUAUGCACGUGCUAUAGCUUUAUGAUAAUAAUAAUAACACUGUGCAAUUGUGUUAAAAUUUGCAGCGGUAUAUAGAAAACAACACAUAGAAAAGAGAAAAUUAGCUUAAAGCCAUAUAGCUAUAAGUAAAGAACCAGCUGUUCACAGUACACAGUAGAUAUGUAUAAAAGUAUGUGUAUAUGAAGAUUAUAUUACGAUAGCUCUUUUCUUUUUAAUUUUUUUUUUUUUUUUUAUUUUCGAAAUUUAGUAUAGUAGGGGGAAGUACAGAAGAGUGGGAAUGCCUGAAGUCAAACACACUUGGUUCCCCUCAUCCGUUGUCCUAUAGCUGUGUACAAUAACAUACCUGGCUAUACAAACUAAACAGCGUCCUUUAGAGAGAGGAAAAUAUCAAGCCAGUUCAAUCAUCAUAUUCAAAAACCCCGUUGAGAUUUUAACAAAUAAAUUACUUUUAUUAAAACAAAAAAUAUUUUUAAAAAAAUUUCUCGGAAAUAAUUUGAAUUUUUAUUAUCUUGUUACGUUGGUUUUAUGUUUUUUUAAUUUUUUUUUUCGGAAGUUGUUCUUUGGAAUUAUUAGUAUUUUUAUUAGAUGAUACAUGUGUUUAUAUAUAUAUAUUUAAUUAUUAAAUUUACAUAUGAAAACAACGCGCGAAACUUCAUCUGUCAGACGGCCAUGUUGGAUAACUGACAGGGUCGCAAUAUAUAACUCAACAAUUGCAAAAUAAAAAAUUGGUACGGAAUAAAAUAAGUUUAAAAAAAAAAACAAAAUUAUAACAACGAUAAUUUGUUGUUUAUUAAAAAGUUAAUAUUAUUUUUUUUUAUAUUGUUUAAAUAAACAGUAAAAAAAUAGGCUAAUAAAUGGGAAUAUUUUUUUUUUUAAAUGUGACAGUGAUUUUAAAUUGAUUCUAUUUAUUUGGUGAUGGAUUGUUUAUUUUUAUUAUUUUUUUUUUUUUUUUGACAGUGCAAACAUGUGAUUGGUUUUAUCAGAUAUAUCAAUAUUAAUUUAACUUUUUUUUUUCUAAUGUUAUUUACUUUGGAGUAAAUUAAUAUGCUGUUGAAUUUUUUUGAUAAUUUAUUUUUUUUCAAUUAAAUAAACAGUUUAUUAAUUCAAUUUUUUUGGGUGCCAAUUAAAAAAUAGAGAGAUUGAGUGAGAGAUUGAUAUAUUAAAAUAUAUAAUUAACAAAAAAAAAAAAAUUGGCUUUCAAAAAAUAAUAAUAAUUUAAAAUAAAUAAAAGAAAAAAAAUUUUGAAAAAUAAAAAUUAACAAUAUGAAAAUUGGAAAUGAACAGUCCAUUGGAACACGAUUUCGAGGGUUUUAAAUUUCCAGAAAAUAUCAAUGAAGAAGCUCAAAAAACUACACUAAAAAUUCUUGAAAAUCAAUUGGAUAUUGUUAAAUCAUUGGAAAACGUACCAGAAGAAUUACCACAGUGUGAAAUUUGUAGUCAAAAAUUUUUAUCUAAAAAAGAAUUACGUUCACAUAUUACAAUUCAUCUUGGUCAACCACGUAUUAUAUUAAAAAGGUGUAAUUCACAACAAGAAAAACGUAAAAAAGAUAAAGAUAAAAAACAUAGUAAAAAAUUAAUAAAAAAAGGUGGGCUAAAAUUAACAUUAAAAAAACAAAAUCACAGUAAUUUUGCUGUUAUUAAUUGUGAUUACGAAUUAAGUGGUGAUAAUUUAAUUGUAAGUAAAAAAGAAAUAAAUCAAGAAGAAGAAGAAGUUGAAAAAAUUGAAAAACAAGAAGACAAAGUAAAUUUAAUUCAACAACCAGAAGAAGAAUUAAAAGAAGAAUUAGAAGAAGAAAAAAAAACAGUAAACGAUUAUAAUCAACAACAAAUAGAUACAAUUGUUGAUAAAAUUUUAACAGUGGCAGAAGAAAAUAAAAUAAUCAAUGAAAAUAAUGACAAUAACAAUGAAAUUGAAAAAACAAAUGAAGAAAAUGAAAAUGUGAUGGUUAAUAUAAGUGAAUCCUCGGAAAAAAAAAUUGAUAAUAUUAUAUACGAGGAUGAUGAUAACAAUACAAUUGAUGAAAUUGAUAAAACAAAUUUCGAUACAAAUGAAGGUGAUUCAGGUGUAGGUAGCGAUAUGGCAAAUCAUUCUGAAAAAGAUGAACAAAAUGUUGAUGAUACACAAAAUUCAGAUACAUAUGAUAAUCAUGAUGACGACAAAAGUCAUGAUGAUAUAAUUGAUAAUCCAGAAGAAAAAGAAAAAGAAGUAGAAGUUGAAGAAGAAGUAGAAGAAGGAGAAGAAGAAGAAGAAACAGAUAAUCUUGAGGCAACAUGUCGUGAAACAAUUGAAAAUUUAAAAAAAUUAGGACAACAAAGAAGUUCAAGAAUAACAAUAUUAAAUGAUACAAUAUUAACAUCACGUGAUGAUAAAAAUGAUAAUGAAAAUAAUACAAUAACACAAAAUAAAACAUCAUCAGUUGAUUCAUUAAUAAAUUCUACUGAAUUAUCAAUUUUACCAUUAACAAAAAGCCAAAAAAAUAAUAUAAAUUCAACAGAUAAUAAUCAUCCAAAUGAUAAAAAUAAAAAUAAAGAAGUAAAUCAACGUGAUUCUUCAUUUAAUUGGGAUCGUUUAACUGAAGAAUUAACAAAUAAAAAUACAUUAAUUAAUCAAAAAAAUAUAGAUAAUAAUGAUAAAUUAAAUGACACAAUUGUCGAUAGUAAUCAUGAAGAUACUAGUAAUUUAUUAAAAAAUUUUUUACUUGAUCAAGAAAAGAAAAAUCAAAAUGAUAGUGAUAAUAAUUGUUUACCAGUUGAAACAGAAUAUGUAUCAUUAGAAAAACUUGCUGAAACAGUUAAUACAUGUCGUGUUUGUAAUGAAAAAUUUAUUGACAUAACAGAACUAGAUGAGCAUAAAUCAAAAUCAGGACAUUAUCAAUGUAAUAUACCAAAUUGUUCAAAUAAAAUAUUUUCAUCAUUAAUUGAAUUGAAUAUGCAUAAAAAUCACCAGCAUAGUUCACCAUUAUCACAACAAUUAUCAAGUUCAUCACCACAUAUUAGUGAAGGUUCACCAAAUAUAAUACCAUCAAAUUCACCACAUUUACAUCAUAAUAAUAAUAGUAAUUCAUCAUCACGUGAUAUGAUAAGUGAUACAAUAAAUUCACAAAUACCACGUGUAUCACCACGUAAUCAUCAACAACAAUUAUCACCAUCAUCACAUAGUAUAAUACCACCGGUUAUGCUUGAACAAUUACCAGCACCAGUACAACAAUUAGCACAACAAGUACAAAGAAUGCCAUUACCACCAUUACCACAACAUCAAAUGCAUCCAUCAUUACCACCAGGUAUGAAUACAUUAAUACCAGGUAAUUAUUUUGUAUCUGGACAUCGUGGACCACCACCAUCAAUGAUUCACCGUGGUCCAAGUCAACAAUUACCAAUGAAUUAUCCAUCACAAUAUUCACAUUUGUAUGGACAAUAUCCACCAGGUUAUCCACCAUAUCCUGGACCACCACCAAUGCAUCCACAAUUACAACAACAACAGCAACAGCAGCAACAACAACAACAAAUGCCAAGACUACGUUAUCAACAACAAAUGAUGCAACGAAUGCCACAUCAACAACAACAACAAAGAAUACCUCAACAACAGCAGCAGCAACAACAACAGCAACAACAGCAGCAACAACAACAACAACAACAACAGCAACAGCAACAACAACAAGCUCAAACAAGACAGAGACAUUUAAAAAGACAAUAUCAACAAGGACAACAACAACAACAAAAUAAACAAAGACGAAUGGAUGUUUUACUUCCUGAUAGAAAUGAAGAUGCAGAUUGUCAUGUUAUUGUUCAACAAAAAAGAAAUGAUGGUUUACCAGUUAUUCAAAAUGUUUCUGGAGCAUCACCUAAUCAACAAUCAACUGCAUCAACUUCAUCAAGAAAUGAUUCGACAAUUCAUUUGACUGAUUCAAUUACAUUGAGUGUCAGACAACCUGGUUCAUCACAAGCUCAAUCACAAAAUUCAACAACACCUGGAGCUAAAAAAACUGAUGCAAAAGCUGUUGCAAAUGUACUUGCUGCUCGAGGAAUAACAGUAACACCAGCAGCAAAUAAUAAAAAUAAAACAAAUGAACAACAAAAACAACCAAAUUUAACAAAUGUUGCAACAACAUUAAAUUUAAAUUCUGCAAUUUCAAUAAUACCAACAAGUAAACAAAAACAACAGCAAUCACAACAACAAAAUGAACAAUUUGCUGUACCUCAAAAUAAACAAAGUAAGGGACCAGCAGCAGCGUCAUCAGAUGUUGAAAGACCUCCAAGACCACCAACAGUAGAUCUUACACAAGAUGCACCUGCUGCUCCAAAUUCAACAUCAGUCAGGCGAGGUAGACCCUCAAGGACAACAUUAACGUGUCAAAUUUGUGAUAAGGCAUUUUCUAAUCAAGAGCUUUUAAUACAACACAUGGCUACACAUCGUGCACCUAGUAAACUACUUCAUAAAUGUAAUUUGUGUACAGCUCAAUAUCCAACAGCACAUGCAUUGUCAAUGCAUAAACGUACCUAUCAUAAAGAACCACAAGAUCAAAAUUCAAAUAAUAAUUCUGGUGAAUUAGCAAUACCAAUUGUUGAUUUGAAAUCACAACAAGUAUUGAAUAGAUUAUCAAAUUUAGGUAUACAAAGUUAUAUACCAUUAUCACAUUUAAAUUCACAAACUGGUGGUUAUUUUGGUUUGCCAAUAAUAACAAUUGAUGGUACUAGAAAUAUAAGUAAUCUUGGUGCAUUAGGUGCAUCAUCUUUAUUAAGUUUAGGCCCAUUAAAACAUCUACCAAAUGGAUAAAUUAUAUUCAAAUAAAAUAUCUAGUUUUUAAU